GGAAAGGAAAGACUCAUGGACUGGUUCCAUUUAAUCACAGCCCUACUCCUUCUGAACUUGGGUUUCUAUGGGUGUGCUGCCGAUGAUGCCGAGCCAACCUGUGGAAAAUCUAAUGUGGGCACCAAUCGCAUCGCGGGAGGGCACGAAGCAACGAAGGGUGAAUUUCCUUGGCAAGUAGCUGUGUGGCUUCCUGGUAAAAUGUUCUGUGGUGGGACUCUCCUCAGCAAUACCUGGGUCCUGACUUCGGCGCAGUGCUUAGACGGACACAAUGCCUCCUCUGUUGUUGUUAUACUUGGAUCCAUUAAAUUAUCUGGAAACCCCAAAGAGGAAACUGCCAUUCCAGCAAAAAGAAUCAUUAUACACCCUUAUUACUAUUUCUCGAACUACAGUGGGGAUCUUGCCCUUAUAGAACUUGAAAAACCAGUGGAUUUCACUACCUAUAUCACCCCACUUUGUCUUCCUCCGCCCACGGUAACAUUUACGCCAGGUCAGCUUUGCUAUGUGGCCGGCUGGGGACAAAAGAAGUUUAAUGAUAGUGAGGGCAUAUCUGAUGUCCUGCGGGGGGCGGAAGUGCGCUUGAUCACUUCAGAGCUUUGCCAGGAUUACUACAACAUGAAGAAUGAUUAUAAUAUAACUGGAGAUGUGAUUACGAAUGAUACGAUUUGUGCAAGGGACAUCCAUGGCGUACACAGGAUCUGCCGUGGUGAUGGAGGCGGGCCCCUUGCGUGUCCUGCGGGUAACAGCUGGUACGUGGUGGGAGUGGCCAGUUUUGUUGUUCUCUGUGGAGAGAUGGGGCACCCCGGGGUUUACACAUCUGUCCCUUACUAUAUGGACUGGAUACAGGAGUAUGUCUCUAGUGCUGCAGGAAGAAUAGGAUCUGGAAUGGAACUAAAUCCCCUGAGCUUGAUGUCCUUUGUCCAGUCUCUGUGCUGGAUGCUUAUUAGAGACCCAUGGCUUGUUCUGAGUGUGAGUGCCGCUACUUGGCUGGGGAGCUGAGCUUUGGAGACAACACUAUGGGCUAUAGACUCUCCGGGCUACAAAGAUUUUAGUAAUACUCACUGAGUAAAUGUACUUGAUACUUGUCAUAUAUUGAUUCACCCGUCCAUGCUGCACCAUUGUUUAAUGUAUUGGGAGCCUAUUGAUAUCUAAAUGGCCACAGUAUAAUAUAAAAGUGCAGGUAGACCUUCCUGAGUAAGAGCAUAAAGCUCCCCCCACUGUACUGUAAGAUAUACCAUUCAGUCUACAUGUGCUCUUUUGUAAGAAAUGUAUCAUAUUUUAUUUACAAUUCUGUUAUUGUGUUUACUAUGAUCAUUAGCGUAUAAUAUAUUAAAAAUGUAAAUAAAAAAAAUUACUCACAA